UUUUCUUUUCUAAGAAUUUUUUUUUAGGUGUCCGCGUUUUCUGCAAAAUGAUGUUUUAGAUUAAGCUUUCUAAAGUCAAACUACUAAUAUUUUCUCCUGAAAACUUUAAUUGGGAUACGCAACUAAGAUCAACGCUACAAAAUUUUCAUUUUAUAAUAGGGUGUUGUAUUCUUGCUUGUUGCAAAUAUUAUUUUUAAAGUAUCUUGACAAAUAAAAUUAACCACCACGUGGGAAGUGAAAGAUUCUUUAAAAAUCGCAUGGGCUACAAAAAUAUCAAUUUAAAAAAUUAUCUUUAAGUACCAAACUCAAGGAAAAAAAGAAGGCAGUUGUUGAACAAACUUUUAUUAGUCCAUUGUUAUUAUUACUCUAAGAUCCAUCAAACUAUGGAGGCAAUGAAUCCCAAGCCUUUCUUUGAGGGAGAAGGUGGUUCAUAUCUCAAAUGGCUGCCUUCUGACUAUCCCUUGCUAGCUCAGACUAACGUGGCCGGCGGCCGCCUUCUCCUCCGCCCUCGAGGCUUCGCUGUUCCUCACUAUGCUGAUUGCUCCAAAUUUGGCUAUGUUCUUCAAGGUGAGGAUGGAGUUACGGGAUUUGUGUUUCCAAACAAAUGCAACGAGGUGGUCAUGAAGCUAAAGAAAGGAGAUCUGAUCCCAGUGCCAUCUGGAAUCACGUCGUGGUGGUUCAAUGACGGAGACUCUGAUUUGGAAAUCAUCUUUUUGGGUGAAACCAAAAAUGCUCAUGUCCCUGGUGACAUUACAUAUUUCAUUCUCUCUGGCCCUCGCGGUCUUCUACAAGGCUUCGCGCCGGAGUAUGUCCAAAAAAGUUACUCUCUAAGCCAGGAAGAAACAAACAAAUUUCUCAAAAGCCAAUCCAAUGUCCUAAUCUUCACCGUUCAACCAUCCCAAUCCCUCCCCAAACCCCACAAACAUAGCAAACUAGUUUACAACAUUGAUGCAGCCGUACCGGACAACAGAGCCAAAGUCGGCGCCGCUGCCGUCACAAUGGUGACGGAAUCAACAUUUCCAUUCAUUGGUCAAACUGGGUUGACGGCGGUUCUAGAAAAGCUCGACGCCAAUGCCAUCCGUUCCCCAGUGUACAUUGCUGAGCCGUCCGAUCAACUGAUCUACGUGACUAAAGGAUCCGGGAAGAUUCAGGUGGUCGGAUUUUCGAGUAAAUUUGAUGCAGAUGUGAAAAUAGGUCAGCUGAUUUUGGUCCCUAGAUACUUUGCCGUUGGGAAAAUGGCCGGAGAAGAAGGCUUGGAGUGCAUUUCCAUGAUUGUAGCAACACAUCCUAUGGUGGAAGAAUUGGCCGGAAAGACAUCGGUUUUGGAGGCAUUGUCGUCGGAGGUUUUUCAAGUUUCUUUCAAUGUGACGGCUGAGUUUGAGAAGCUCUUUAGGUCAAAGGUUUAACCAAGGCUUGGCUUUUAGAUGAAUAAAGAGUAAUUGAUUAUUAUUAUUAUUAUUAUUAUUAUUAUUAUUAUUAUUAUUAUUAUUAUUAUUAUUAUUAUUAUUAUUAUUAUUAUUAUUAUUAUUAUUAUUAUUAUUAUUAUUAUUAUUAUUAUUAUUAUAUCUUUUUUGUCUUCGAAGAAAGAGACGAUGGUUGAGUAUUGUAUUAUUAUCAUCUAAUUGUUUUGGAUUUGGUUUUUAAUUUGUUGAUGCGACAUGGAUUGUUUCUCUAUGCCAUUGACAAUGUAAUAUUAUAUAAUAUUUGUUUGCCCUUUGAUG